AGAAGGAAAUUUCUGUUUGCGUUUGCUGCAGCUUGUCCUUGGGUUGCUGUUUGGCUCUUAUUGUUUGAGAAACGAAACCACUUUAUUUUUUUAAAUUCUGUAAUUGACUAAUUGUGAAUAUAUGUUUUAGCAACUUGGAUGUUUGAUCUUACCUUAUAAGGAUGAACUCUUUUGUACUACUAUUUCCGAUUUUGAUAUCGGUGUGCGUGGCAGACCAACAUGCAGUAUCCUCUAUGACAGGCGCUCAUCGAGCCCAGGAACGUCUAGUUGGCUCCAACAAAUGCACAUGGGGUCCUUCCUUCUGGUGCGAUAAAGUUGCAAAUGCCAAGCAGUGCUCAGCUGUUACGCACUGCGUGCAGUCCGUGUGGGGAAAGCAAGCCGAGCCUUCGGAUGACUCCAUUCUUUGCCGCUGGUGCGAUGAUCUCAUGGACGAUAUUCGUGAUCUGGUGGCCGUGAACACCUCGGAAAGCGGCAUGCACGGGUACCUGAGAGAUGGCUGCAAACGCAUUCCGAAAAAGAGCCGUCGUGCUGACUGCUUGGCGGAUAUGACAACGGAUCUUCCAGAAAUCCGUCAGAUGCUGUCGGCCAACGUGCCCGACCGGACCAUCUGCAAAACCAUCAACUUCUGCUCUCUCCCAGCAGAACAGCCUCCCGCACAGCCUCCUACCAAUCUCCCCAUUCCCGCUCCUGCUGCAUCGAAUCGCAACUAUUGCGCAGAUUGUUACAAUUUCUUCGAGGAUGCCAAGGAGAUCUACAUUGGCAAUUAUACGGAGGAUGAGUUCAAGCAGAUGCUGCUGGACCAGUGCGAUCAGGCGGGCUAUCCGGCUCUGACGGAACUGUGCAAAACGGUCAUUGAGCAGUACUGGCCGCAGAUCUAUGCCCGGCUGCAGAUGUUCUUUGAUCCGGAGGAGGUGUGCUCGCAGUUGAAUUUCUGCACGGGAAUGCAGAGCGGCAAAAGCCAAGUGGUGGUUGCCGUUGGUGCCCUACGCGCAACGCAAGACUACCAAGAAGAUGGACUUUACACCGAUUUGUUGCGCUGGUUGCUUACAACUUCCGAACUUCGGCGAGAGCGCGAUUAUGAUGAUCGUGCUUUCUUCGCACUUGCGGAUCAGCUGAUGGGUUUACUUUUAGCAAAUACAAUUCAGCUGCCAUUGAGCCGCAUGCUUCUCAACCUGAAUUCCCUUCCCGCAGUCCGUGCUAGCUCAUCAUCACCGCCCCCUCCGAAAAAGGUGGCCUAUAAAAACGAUGUGGAAUGCGUUGUCUGUGAGUUUGUGAUGUCGUAUUUGGACCGCAUGCUGGAAGACAAUUACACGGAAGCCGCCAUCCAAUCCGCCUUAGAACGUGUGUGCACUGUGAUGCCCAAAUCGGUGCGGGACGAUUGUGUCGGAUUUAUUGAUCAGUAUGGUCCGGCUAUUCUGGUCAUCCUCGGCAACGAACUGGAUCCCGCUACGGUGUGCGCCGGACUGGGACUGUGCAAGAGCAAGAAACCGGAAGUUUGCGGCGCGGCGACGUGCACAUCUUGCACGGAAGUGUUUAAGGUUAUUAAGGUGAUGCUGGAAGAUUACGACGAGAACGUGCGUCUGUCGAAUCUCAUCAAGUCGUACUGCGUCUUUCCGGAGGAAGCCAGAACCGAGUGUGAAACCGCCGUGAUGACUUACGUGCCUUACGUUCUGCAGAUCGCCGCACAGCUUCUCGAUCGAGGGUGUGUGCCGUGCCGUGAAAUUGUGUGACCAAUAAAAGAAAUCGCCAAAGAUGCCGUGUACGGCAAUCAAUAUUGUUUUCGAUUGCGAACUUUGUGAUGGCGCUGAUGCUUUCCUUCCCGUUUGUGCUGUCAGUUAAUCUCCAUGAACUUGUUGAGUCUCUCUGCAUGCUUUGGUUACGUUUUAUUAUAAAAAAAUUAAUAU